GCGGUGUCAGUACUGGGGAGCCGGCGGCGGGCGGCGGGCGGCGGGGACUUGUUGUUCUUCGCCGAGUCGGAGCGUGGAGUCCGGAGCGCGCAGGCGGAGGCGGCGACUACGGGGAGGGCGAGAGCAGAGGCGCGCGUGGAGAGUGCGUGUCCACGAGGAGCCGCCGCGCCCGGCCCCGCGCGCGACCCGGCGACAAUUUCCUGGUGGUUCCGUCCUGGUGACAGGGCCCGGGUUAUGACGACUAAUCCCAAGCCGAAUAAGGCAUUGAAGGUUAAGAAGGAGGCGGGCGAGAACGCCCCUGUGCUUAGUGACGAUGAGCUGGUGUCCAUGUCGGUGCGGGAGCUGAACCAGCACCUGCGGGGGCUCACCAAGGAGGAGGUGACUCGGCUGAAGCAGCGGCGGCGCACACUCAAGAACCGCGGCUACGCAGCGAGCUGCCGCAUCAAGCGUGUGACGCAGAAGGAGGAGCUGGAGCGGCAGCGUGUCGAGUUGCAGCAGGAAGUAGAGAAGCUGGCCCGGGAGAACAGCAGCAUGCGGCUGGAGCUGGAUGCCCUGCGCUCCAAGUACGAGGCUCUGCAGACCUUCGCACGCACCGUGGCCCGAGGGCCUGUCACACCCACCAAGGUGGCCACCACCAGUGUCAUCACCAUCGUCAAAUCUGCCGAGCUCUCCUCCACCUCUGUGCCCUUCUCGGCCGCUUCCUAGUGCCUGCCGGGGCCGGGCAGGGCGCGGGCAGUGGCACAGCCCUCACGCCUAUCCCGGGCUCCCUGGCACAGAUUCCUCAUGGCCACUUGCCCACUGUGGACCCUGUGGGGCGGAGGGCAAGGAUAGCGGGGACAGGCAGAUGCAGGAAAAAAGGGAGGCUCUCUCUCGUGAGCCGGUGCCGCAAGCAACCCCCUCACAUCUUUCCUUCCCCGGGUGUGUGUAGUCGCUGACAGCAACUGCGUGGGCCACCGGGAUGAACAAUCAGGCCCCUGGGGCAGGGAGUGAGGCCCGGUCUUCCACUUCUCCGGUGCCUGUCUGUCAGCACCAUCAGUGCCAUCCCCUGAGGGCCUCCAGCUGGGGUGGACACCAUACUGUCGCUUUCGGGGCGCUGGCCUUCUUGUCCUUAUCAAAGGGCGCUACAACCUGCUUUGGCCCUUAGAGUCAGGUCCGUGUCCUGGGAAACAGUUCCCAGUGUAGUCACCUACAGGGGCUAGUGCGUGUGUUCCUGUGUGUACACAGGCUGCCAGUGACGGCAGGAAGCCGCUGGGCCAGGUGGCCUCACAGAGCCUGUCCAGUAUGUGUGCUGAGGGUUGCAUGGAUGUCCUGGAAUGUCCCUGGGGGUCUGUUAGCUAAGGGGGAUGCCCGUCAUGGUGCAGGCCACCUGUCCACAGAGCCAGCCAACCACGGGGCUUGGGUUCUCUGGGGCUUAGCAGAGGAGAGGCUGGAGGGGAGCCCGUGAAGCCUGAGAGAGGUUGAGGGAUAUGGGAAUGGCAGUUAAGAUGUGUCUUGUUGCUAGGAAGAAAUAGGAAGGAGGUGAAGUCCUGGCGGCCCAGGGGAUGUGGAAGAGGCCUAAGAGACAGUACGGAGGGACAAAGGGUGCAUCUGGAGGGCCUGUGGGCACACCCCCUGUGGGUGUCAGCAGGGGCCCAGGGCAGACUGUAGGUGCAGAUACUCUGCAGCUUUGGUGCCCAGUUGUUACCCGCCUAUCCCUCCUUCAUAGAGUUCUGGGUCAUUGGCCAUCUUGUGCUUUCUUACUGAAGGGAUUAAGACCUCCAGGCCCUGAGGAGUAUGGUGGACAGGGAGUGGGGGACAGGCUGAGCCAAAGCCAGGCACUUAGAAAGCACUGUUGGAACCAUAGCCUUGGUAGGUAAUCCAUAUUGGAUAUCAAUAAGGACCAUGGGAUAUUUAAAGAGAGAGAAGAUAUAUAUAUAUAUAUAAUUAUAUACACAUUUUAUCGUACAGAUUUUUCAUAACAAUUUUCUUUCCCAGUUUGAUACUGUAGAUCUUUAUUAUUGCAGAGUAGGUUGGACAGUGGGGUGGGGAACUGGCCAUGGAUGGAGGCCCAGGGUGCCAACGGCUUUCCUCAGUCUUUCUGUGGCGGCGCUGGGCAUGCUGGGUCACUGGUGAAACUUGCUCCAGCAGGUGUCACACUGGAUGAGUGGU